UUGACCCGGAAGUGUUUGGGAGUGGCCACUGACCUUAGUGGGCGCACUCUCACGGCCUUGGCGUUUCAUAGAGAUUUUGUGGAAAAUAGAGGCUGUGCUUUACGUAUUUCGGUAGUUUUGAGGAAUACAUGAGCUCUUCCACGAGCAGAGCAGUCGUUUAUUUCUGUACAUCAUUCGGUGCAGGUGUGUUUACUCUCGGUGUCUUUGAAAGCACGUUUUCCUCAUGCUAGUCUUUGUAUGUACUGAGCGCUUCUGGAAGACAUCAGCUCGACUCCAGCUGCUUUCAUUAAACUACGCUUUGCUUCCUCGGGGUCGCGUUUUUGCCUUACAGAAACGGUAGUUUCUUAAUUGCUUCACGCUUGGUGUGAACUUAAUUUUUUUGUUUGCGAGGUAAUAGCCAUUGAAUUGCUAGCUGCUAGCUAGCCCGCUUCGCUCUCAGUCGGCGUGUUGGAGCUGCUGGAAAAUGUCCGAUUUUGACGAGUUUGAGAGACAGCUGACCGAAAACAAGCAAGAGCACAAUUAAAGAUAUUUUAACGAAUGUUGUUCAGCUACGGACAGAGACAAGGAGAACAAGCACCACCGGCGCAGUGGCUCGAGAAGUCGCAGCAGAGACCGGGACAGGAAAAGAAGGAGCCGGGACCAAGACAGAGAAAGGAGAGGAGGCAGCCGAGAUCGUCAUGGAGACAGCAAGGACCGCAGACACAGACGCAGUCGCUCUCCACACCGUGAGAAGAAAAAGAUUAAAGUGAAAAAAUAUUGGGAUGUUCCUCCUCCUGGAUUUGAACACAUCACACCAAUGCAGUACAAAGCCAUGCAGGCUGCCGGUCAGAUCCCAGCCACUGCUUUGCUACCCACAAUGACCCCUGAGGGUCUGGCUGUGACCCCAACACCUGUUCCUGUCGUGGGCAGUCAGAUGACUCGACAGGCCCGGCGGCUUUAUGUCGGCAACAUCCCAUUUGGCAUCACAGAGGAGUCUAUGAUGGACUUCUUCAAUGCUCAGAUGCGUUUGGGUGGCCUGACUCAGGCCCCAGGUAACCCAGUACUUGCUGUUCAGAUCAACCAGGACAAGAAUUUUGCCUUUUUGGAGUUUCGUUCGGUGGAUGAAACGACACAAGCCAUGGCAUUUGAUGGCAUAAUUUUCCAGGGACAGAGUUUAAAGAUUCGCAGGCCCCACGACUACCAGCCUCUGCCAGGCAUGAGUGAGAAUCCCAGUGUCUAUGUCCCAGGCACGUCUCUCUUUUGCUCCCCCAAUUCUUGCGUCGUCUCCACGGUGGUGCCUGAUUCGGCCCAUAAACUCUUCAUUGGCGGUCUGCCAAAUUACCUCAACGAUGACCAGGUCAAGGAAUUGCUGACAUCGUUUGGCCCUCUGAAGGCCUUUAAUUUGGUGAAAGACAGUGCAACAGGCCUUUCUAAGGGCUAUGCCUUCUGUGAAUAUGUUGACGUCAAUAUCAGUGACCAGGCACACUCUUUACUCUCACAGGCCAUUGCGGGCCUAAACGGGAUGCAGCUGGGUGACAAGAAACUCCUGGUACAGAGAGCAAGCGUCGGCUCCAAGAACACCACACUGACGGGUAUAAACCAGACACCAGUUACCCUUCAAGUUCCAGGUCUCGUGAACAGCUCGGUGACUCAGAUGGGGGGCAUUCCCACAGAAGUAUUGUGUCUGAUGAACAUGGUGGCUCCAGAGGAGCUGCUGGAUGAUGAAGAGUAUGAGGAGAUCGUGGAAGACGUCAGAGAGGAGUGCUCCAAAUACGGCCAGGUCAAGAGCAUCGAGAUCCCACGUCCCGUCGAUGGCGUGGAAGUUCCUGGCACUGGAAAGAUCUUCGUGGAGUUCAUGUCAGUGUUUGACUCCCAGAAGGCAAUGCAAGGCUUAACAGGAAGGAAAUUCGCCAACAGAGUGGUGGUGACUAAAUACUGCGACCCUGAUGCCUACCACCGCCGCGACUUCUGGUAGAGACAGGACAGAAUCCAGAGCGAGAGAGACUCGGAGAGACACAGAUGGUGUGAUUUCAAUCUCUCGGAAGCCCCUUAUUUUGUAGAUUUAUGAGGUCUGAGAGAGUGUGAGCUUUUUAAAAUCUGGCAGACUAAAAGCAUGACUUGUGAUUGGUCAGAUUGUAGCGAACCAAUCAUUUGUCAUGUUUUUUUUUUUUUUUGAUGAUGACAACAUUGAAGUAUGUGCAAAGCUUUAAGAUGGGAAAAUGGACCGUACCGUGUCAUUAUCUACAGAAAAGGAUUCAGUUAGACAUGCCACUAAACUUCCAGCUUAAUUUUGGCCCAUAGUGAUUUUACAUGUCACUUUUUCUCAAUGUUAAAUUCCUGCUCUAUCAUCUGUACAGCUCACACACUGGUCAGAUAGGAGUGAGAGGAGGAUGUAAAGGAGCAAGUGAGGAAAGAGAAAUGAUGACAACUACAAAAAUGAAUGUUACACUCAAACAAGAAGGUGAGAGGGGGUAUUUCAGGAGAGAAGUCUUUGUUUUUUGAAUAUGGUUUUUAUUUAGGCUGUGAAUGAGGUUUCCUGUGUAAAAGUGUAGAGGUUAAAAAGUCAGAGGAGUUUCCAGGUCAUCUUUUGACACCAUACAUGUAUGAGGUAAAGCCUUGUAGAGGGUGAAUAUUACCAAUUACAUCUAUACUGUCCUCUAUUUUCCCCCUCCUCUGUCUUUUUCCUGCUAUCUCUCCCUCCUUUUAUAAUAGUUGUACUGUUUUUCGUGAACCCUAUUUUCCUGGCCCGAUCUAACCAAAUUUAUACACAGUGAAAAAGAUACUUGUCUUUUUUUUUUUCCUUUUUUUUUUUUUUUUUUUUCUUUUUAUACAUUCUGUAUCUAACUGUCCACUGCUGUUUUUUAAAACUGUAAUAAGCUGAGUUGAUUUAAUACAAUGCGUUUAUGUAUGAAGACCAGAGAAACGUCUGGUGAAAUAAACUCAAUGCGUUUGAAUUGACUUGCUACACACUGCAUCUGUAUUCUGCCAGCAGAUAGUGCUAACGGGCACUGCUCACUUCAAGUAGUGUAGUUCCAAUACGGUGUCUGAGUAUUAUGAGCAAUGGGUCAGUCAGUAGACCGUCUGUUUUUAGACUGGGGGGGUAGGGUAGUGUAUGUUUUUUUUGUUUUUGUUUUUUUUGUUGUUGUUGUUUUUUUGGUCAAAGAAAAGAAAAGAAACAGGACAGAAAUAUCAGAAAUAUGUUGAUUGCUGAUAUUCAUGUGUUUCUAUAAGUUGACUGGAAAUUAUGAAAUGCAGAGAAAUAGAGAUUGAGGAGUUUAAUGUGCUUCACAAAACCAGUAGAUUAAACUGAAUAAAGUCCUCUGCAAAGACUGGGAAAAGAGUUGUUUAUCGGGUGGUUAAUUUUAAUAGAAUAUAAUAAAACUGCGUUUAGCUGUUUGGCACGAGUCCAUGUAUAUAAAUUUGUUUUUGUUUUUUUUAUAUGAAGAAAACACAUUAUUUGACUGGUUAGAUAAAAUUGUCUCUGAGUCUACCGAAAACUACAGACUACCUGAUGUAUGUUAUGCAAAAAAUGUCUGAAAAUUAGUUGACAAGCAGAGCUCAACAGUAAGGUUUUUUUCAACUUCUGGUCCAAUCGGACGAGUAAUUCAGAUUUUUAUGUGCCCUGCUGUAAAAGAAUGAUCAGUUUUAAUCUUUAGCACUAUAUUAGAUGCAAGUUUUCCUAAUACAACUCUUUUAUUUAAUUUUUUCCAACAUUUUUUUUUUUAUCUGGAAAUUAAUCGGCUACAAUGUAAGCCAAUAAAUUAAACACUUUUGCUGGAAAGUAAAGACACAUUGUGCAAAACAUUCUGACUACUUCUGUUUUUGCAAAUUUGACACCACCUCAUCAAUGUUAGCCAGCUAAGUAACAUUAUCAUGGUGACGAAUCAGCAGUUUGCAACAAUGUAGAAUGUGUUGUUAAUGGUGCCAAGUCUUUGAAAGAUGUUUGUGCAUUUAGCUUGUAAACAAGUAGUAUGCUUUUAUAUCUUUCUUUGUUGAAGUUCAUUCUGAUCAUAAAGACAAAUGUUUUCUACUGAUUUAUGGAAGGACUGUAAAUGAACAUCUACUAAUGGAUGGAGGCAUGUGUUCUGUUGGUUAAUUAGUGAGCAUAUUUCUGGCUUCAUUAUUUUUCACCCACUGAUAAUGCCCCAUAUUAUAUUUUACAGCCAGCUCUCUCUUUUUUUUUUUUAUUUAUUUUUUUUUCCCUCGUACACCCCUCUUUGAUUCAAUGCCAUCUAUAACUUUCUAAACCGCUUUAUCAGCUGCUUUCUCUCGCCUUAUAAACAGUCCCCUCUCUCUUUUCUGUCUUUGCAACUGUAACUCCCACGUUCUUAAUGUCAUUAACAGGUGCUUGUCCAAAAUAGAAGUCUUGCCCAUACACACACGCACAAACAUCCGUGGAUCAGCUGACAUACACUCGAUUUACUUUCCCGCAGACCUGCAAAACUCAAAAUGACAUACACUGGAAAAUGUAAAAUCUGCCCAUGUGCAGAUAAAUACUCUUGCCUGAUCCUUCUGCUUGGUGAUUAAGCUGUCAUACAUUCAUUUCAUACUGUCAUACAUAGUCUCUACAACUUGAUUUCAUGAGCCCCAGUCCCAGUUUUCUCCACCCUCCUUUUUUCUGUCUCUCUCUUUUUUUCUCUCUCGCUCUUUUUACGUCCCUCCUUCUCCUCCUCUCUCAGCUGAGUUUCAUGUAUCUAGUCAUCAGAUCUGCACCCACACAGAACAGGUUCAUCAAAAAGGGAUGUGUCGUUUUUUCAUGGCUCUAUAAGGCCUCAAAUCCAGUGUCUCUCAUCAAGUCGUUCUUUUCAUCUACCCAUUAUUCCUGUCUAGUUUCUUAUCAAACCUCUCGUUUGUAGACGUCAGUUAAUUCCCACUCUGCGCUCUUCAGAAAUGACCCCCUGUCACUUGAGUUUCUUGCACACUGCAUUCCUUUUAAAUCACAGAACAUUGUAAUUCACUAUCAUUUCCUGUUCUUUUUUGAGCUUUCUAUUAAUACACUUCUCUGCGUUCUCAUUAGCCGUCCGUCCGCCUAACUCCAGACUAAUCUCUCUGGUCUCCUGUUUUUUGCUUUAAAGUUUUUAGUUAAAGUUUGUUUGUCCCCUUUCUUGACAUUGCCUCUGAGAGUUUUCCCCCUCAUCUCCAAACAUUUUGGGUGCCAUGU